AUUGAAAUCAUAAAACUAGCCGAAAAGGCACGCUCUUGCUUGAGUUGAAAAAUACAUUUAAAAAGUCUAUUAAAUAGUUUUGGUUUCUUCUUCAUCAUAAUUGUUUCUUUCAGGCCAUACAAAAAGGGUUUUCCAGUCGGCAAAACUUGCUAGUGGAAUACGUCAAGUUUUAUUUUUAUUCUGCCGUGCACAGCUGCUGAAUAGCUAGCUAGCAGUAAAAGAGAGAAAAGAAACUAGUUCACCGGGUCAACGACGAGGAAUCGACUAGCCGGCACGGAAUCAUGACGAACCAGUUCGUUAGCCCACUUUCGAUAGCGGUCAUUUGCUCCUCCAAUAUGAAUCGCUCGAUGGAAGCGCACGGAUUUCUGGCAAAGAAGCGCUUUAAGGUACGCUCCUUCGGAACCGGUGACAAGGUAAAACUGCCCGGCACGGCUGCCGAUAAACCAAACAUCUACGAGUUCGGUACAAGCUACGAUGAAAUCUACACCGAUCUGGCCAGCAAGGACAAGCAAUAUUACACCCAAAAUGGCCUGUUGCACAUGCUGGAUCGUAAUAGGCGUAUUAAAGCACACCCUGAAAAGUUUCAAACAUGCACGGAACGGUUUGACGUCCUAGUCACGUGUGAGGAGCGAGUUUACGAUCAGGUAAUCGAGUUUAUGGAAUCGAGAAGUCCCUCUUGCAAUCUGCCAGUUCAUGUGAUCAAUAUCGAUAUUCAGGACAAUCACGAGGAAGCGACGCUUGGUGCGUUCAUUAUCUGUGAUCUGAUAACGAUGAUGGCUCAAACGGACGACCUGGACAACGACAUAGAUGAGCUGCUGCAUGAUUUCGAAAGCAAAUGCCAACGGAGCGUACUGCAUUGUGUACUGUUUUACUAGCUUACAACGCAAACAGUGUGAUACAAACACAAAGUGUAAAACAGAAAUCGUGUGUCCCCCUUGGUUUAGUUUUUAAUUGUUAGUUAGGUAACUGAAAGAAAGGAAACCUCAAAGCGACGGGUGUUAUGUAUGCUAUUCUCUCAGUUUAAUGACGGUCAUAUGCAAAAACAAGAAGGUCCUGCGCAAACUGAUAUAAUAUUCAUACCAAAUCUAGCCACAGAAAAUAGGAACAACAAAAAUACUAACAGAUCGUGACUAAUUUAUAAUAGGAAUAUAACAAAUUGAGCUGCAAACGAUAGGAAAACACCCAAGACCGAUCAAGAAUGGAAACUUUUUCAUGCAAGCAUGUGAGCGGUUUCAAACAUAGGAUGAAGCACAUAUAUUUAAAAUAAAGAUGUGUAAUUCUUUUGUACAUUGAAUAAAGU